GAAUCUCAACCGAGCUGGCCGCUGUCCUUGCAGUAACGGGGGGAAAAACAGGGACCUUGCAAUGAUCUCGCUGGACUUCAAUUUCAACAUUUUGACAAGGGACCUGUCACAUUAUCUGGAAAAUCAAGUGAAAGUUGGACUGUUCGGGUCGGGAGUAGGACUGUCUCUGGUGCUGGGCUUUAGCGCAGCGUACACCUGCUACUAUUUGAUUUCAGUAGCGAAGAAGCCACAGCUCAUCUCGGGGGGUAAGAAAUUCUACCAGUUUCUGAGGGAACAAUGUCCGGUGGUGUCAGAGACCUACUACCCCACCUUUUGGUGCUGGGAGAGCCGCAUCCAGACUCUCCUGAGACCCUUUGUCACAGCCAAACCCGGGGUCGUUUACAGAAAUGAGCUUAUUAAGGCAGCAGAUGGAGGACAGAUCUCUUUGGAUUGGUUUGACAACGACGACAGCCUCUCUCAUCCCGACCCUGCCACCAGGCCCACGGUGCUCCUUCUCCCCGGUCUGACCGGCACCAGCCGAGAGUCCUACAUCUUGCACAUGGUCCAACAGAGCCGGGAUCUGGGCUAUAGAUGUGUGGUAUUCAACAACAGAGGCGUUUCCGGUGAAACACUACUGACCCCGAGGACCUACUGUGCAGCCAACACAGAGGAUCUGGAGACUGUUAUUGAGCACAUCCAGAGGACCAGUGAAGCUGCUCCAAUCAUGGCUGCUGGAGUGUCCAUGGGCGGGAUGAUGCUGGCCAAUUAUUUGGGGCGCAAGGGCCGGGAAACCUGCCUGAAGGGUGUUGUGGUCUUCUCAGCAGGCUGGGAUGUAUUUGAGUGCACCGCUUCACUGGAAAAACCCCUGGACCGUUUCCUCUUCAACUCCUACCUCACCAGCUGCCUACAAGCCUCUGUGCACAGACACAGACCAGUGCUUGAAAAGUGUUACGACAUCGAUCAUGUCAUGAAGGCAAGGACCAUCCGAGAGUUCGACGAGCGGUUCACCUCCAUAAUGUUUGGUUAUCCUACCAAUGAUGACUACUACCGCGAUGCCAGUCCUGUCCACAGGCUGAAAUCUGUGCAGGUGCCAAUGCUGUGUCUGAAUGCUGCUGAUGACGUCUUCUCUCCGUCUCACGCCAUUCCAGUGGAGGCAGUGAAGCAGAAUCCCAACCUGGCCCUACUUAUUACCUGUCAUGGCGGCCAUAUUGGCUUCCUCGAGGGCCUGUGGCCUCGACAGAGCACUUAUAUGGACCGGGUCUUCAAGCAGUUUGCUAAGGCGGUCAUCGAACAAGGCAGCCGACUCAAAGACCUCUACUGAUAAGAGAACUUAACAAAGUGUUCCUCUAGUUUUACUUCCUUUCUCUUUCUUCUUUCUUUCCUUUCUUUCCUUUCAUCUUUGUCAUCCGUCUUUCCUUGCUGCAUUCCAUUCUUUAUUCCUUCCAUUUCUAAUUCCCACAUUCCUUUUAUCCAUUCCCUUGACCUUUUCCCUUCUCUUUCAUCCUUGCCUUCCACCUCUCCUUACCACAUUCCAUCCAUCUUUUAUUCCAUCCCUCUCUACCUAAUCCUGUCCUGCCUUUUUCCUUCCUUCCAUUGACUUUAUUUUAUCUUUGCCCUCCAUCCUUCCAUCCCAUUCUUCCUCCACAAGCAAAAAAAAUAUAUAUAAUUCUUUCUCAUCUGAAGGGCACAUCUUUUUGAAGGCAACAUAUGUGUUGCAUUCAAAAUUUCUUUAUUUAUUCCAUAGUUAACAAGCCAUUGUAUGUAAUCAUGCUCUCAAUGUUAUGCUUAUUAAAAAACAAGCAUAGCUGUCCAUGUCAGUGUUGAAAAGCUGAAUCUGUGUCCAUCUGGUUUAGUUGCAUUACCACAAAAAAAAGCUAAAAAAAAAAAUCUGCGAUUACCUUGUGCAAUCAUUUUCUUUUUAAGUUAACACAAGUACUGUACAUGAAAAUCCAAUCAUUUUAUAUUAAUUAAUUAAUAUUCAUGAAGCGUCCUUUAGUAUAUACAUCAGUAGGAUUUUAGCCCUCAGGGAUUUUCUUUAUUUACUCAUCCUUCUUUCCUUCCUGUCUGAUGUUGUUUUGUCUGUCAUUCUCCUUUUGUUUUUAUUUUCCUCAUUUCAAGGUUGAUGUUUCUUGCCAGUUGACAUACAGUAGUUUCUUUUCUUUAAAGGAAUAGUUUGACAUUUUGCAAAAUACUUCUUUUUUGGUUUCUUGACAAGAAUAAGAUGAGAAGAUUGAUACUGCUUUCAUGUCAGCCCCUUAGCUUAGCUUAGCAUAAAGACUGGAACCAGGAAGAUAGAGCUACCUUCCAAAGGGGAAAUAAAAAAAUCUUCCUACCAGAGCUUAUAGGUUGGUGUUGUCACUGUUGGACAGAGCUAGGCUAACUGUUUUCCACUGCUUCCAGUCAUUAUGCUAAGCUAAGCUAAACAUAUGCUUCAUAAUUAACACCCAGGCAGGAGAUUUGUGUCAAUCUUCUCAUUUUACUCUUGGCAAGAUGGCGAAUGAGCAUGUUUCCCCAAAAUGUUGAACUAUUUCCUUCCGUAACCUUUUGCAUGCACUUUUCACACAUUCUACCUUUACGUGCACCAAAUAGUUCUACAAAUGUAUAAUAUGGAGAAUAAUUCAUUAAUGACGAGGAAUGUGAAAUUGCACUAUUUUAGUUGAAACUACCAUGCCUCUAAUUCCUUACUGCAAGGCACUUCAUUUCAUUUGAUAUAUGAAAGUAUAUCCCAAAGGCUGAACAGAGAAGUAUAUAAAGUCCAUGAGGUUUUCUGCGUGAAGGUGUUGGUGGUUAGUUCUGUUAGUUAGUCUGAGGGUGCUCGAUACAGUGAUGUGAAUGAAGUAACGCACAUAGGAAGACAGAGAGCGUAUAUGUGGGCUGUUCAAAGAUGGAUGUUGCUUUACAAGAUGCAUAGUAUCGUUAAUGGAACCUGGUUGUCAGUCUUCUUCUUCUUGUUUUUGUUUUGCCAACAAUGAUCAAGCGGCUGGCUACCGUGUUUGAGUUGGCAUCGAUGAAACAAGCAGAUCUGACUGGCGGCCAGGCUUUCAGUGAUGCACUGCAUGAGGGAUUUUGACUUCCUGUUCCUGUGGAAUUUUGGUGUCCGUUUGUUCUGCCAAGUGUCCAUUGAGUGUCUCAUCGGCGUCAUCAUGUCCUGAACCUUAACAUCACCUUGUAAUCUGUAGCACAAAGGACAUGUUUGUGUUUUUUCAUAGGAUGCUGCAUUUCAUUUUGUACACUACAUAAAAAAGAAAAAAAAAACAUUCUGUUUAACAUGUGCAGCAAUAAGAUUUUAAAAUAAAGAAGUGUCUCUAUAGUAUAAGUACUAGUAUAUGCACAUUAUCAACAUGAGUGUAA